CUUAAUUUAUUGCAAAAUAAAUGUUUUUAUGGUCACUUACAAGUUUGAUGGUGGGUUUCAUUAGGUCUUUAGUCAUAGGUCGAAAUAUAUUGGGUUCGAAAAAGCCGUACUAGUAAGUACACUAAGUUUAUCGUUAUGAGUAAAUACAAUGUGAUAAUUUAUGCUGAUUAAGUCCGCCAUUUUAGAAGAAGAAAUAAUUCAUAACAAUUUUCAAUAAAUUGCUUUAAUGCACGGUAAUUAUACUUUAUUUGAUCGCUCAUUAGUCCAGGAAGGUUACAACUGAUCCGGCAAUAGCUGACACUGUAGGAAUGUUUACCACAGUUUGGUAUUUUGACCGUCUUUGUUUUCACGUUUUGUAAACAAAGGAAUUUGUGUAUUGGACUACGCUUUGCGAUUGGAUUACUGCAUAAUGUGUAUAAAGACAACGAUGGUUGAUUAACUCUUCAAUUCUAUGGUGAAAAAUGUGUAUACUAAUAUUAGGAACAUCUCACAUACACUGGUUGGAACGAUUUCUUCGACAAAAGGGCAACAAUAACAAUGUUUUUAACGUUGGUGGCGAUGCUAGCCCAGAAGUACAUUUCCGAAGUAUAAGUGGAGGAAAAAUUUGUAAUAAACACCACGUUAACUGUUGGGAACUGAGUAUAUCAGAACUGCGUCCAAAAUAUUUAAUAAUUCAAUUAGGUGGAAACGAUAUUGAUUCGUCUAAAAUGGACAGUGCAUCAUUAGAACUUCUGGUUUUGCGAAUAGUGAACAUUUUCGCAACAUUUCAAGUUCGAUACAACAUUGCGGAGGUUGUGGUGUUGCAGUUCAUUCCAAGACCUAGGCCACGUUAUAUAUCGGGAGAUACCUAUGGUGAAUUGGUGCACAAAGCCAAUAUCAUGCUCAAAGGGGAGCUAUCAAAAUUUCCUCGAAUACUUUAUUGGAAGAUCAAGGGAAUAAAAAAUCCAACAACAAACAUCUUUAGAGACGGUGUUCAUUUGAAUUUUGCUGGCAUGAUAAGAUAUUACAAAAACAUUCGUGGAGCUGUUUUGAAGCUAUUAAAAUCAUAAUUUCCUGAUCAAGUACGUGAUAAGUACAUACCAACAAGUGAAAUGUGGAAAACUGUGGAUCUCAAGUGAAGACGACAAAUAUAUACUUUACAUUUUAGUCCCAAAGUGAACUUAAGACGUAUACUAAUUUUGGUUGAAUGUGAUAGUUAUAGUAUCAAAUUAUUUGAAGGACUAUGUUUGCACAUUUACUUGACAAUUUCUAGCGAAAUGUUUGUUUUUUAUUACACACAUAAUGUUUGUGCAUAUAAUGCUUUUAUUGAUGGCUUUGAUGUAGUUAGUUUUUAAUGAUGCCUUAAUUUUAAGGUGGUUUAUUCGACUUUAGUGGUAAAGUUCGUAAGAUUUAACAGUUUGUUAAAGUCCUUAAUUGUAAGGAUAUUUUAGUUUAAACACGCCUUAAUUUUAAGGUAGUUGUUUAAUGCUAAAUAGUUUUUAGUUACAUACACCUUAAUUGUAAGGUGACAAUUUUCAAAAGAGUUGAAAAUAUUUUCUAAGUUAAUGUUCCUUAAUUUUAAGGAAUAUGAGCUAUAGCUUUACACCUUAAUUGUAAGGUGACACCUUAAUUGUAAGGUGACAAUUUUCAAAGGAGUUGAAAUCAUUUUCUAAGUUAAUGUUCCUUAAUUUUAAGGAAUAUGAGCUAUAGCUUUACACCUUAAUUGUAAGGUGACACCUUAAUUGUAAGGUGACAAUUUUCAAAAGAGUUGAAAUUAUUUUCUAAGUUAAUGUUCCUUAAUUUUAAGGAAUAUGAGCUAUAGCUUUACACCUUAAUUGUAAGGUGACACCUUAAUUGUAAGGUGACAAUUUUCAAAGGAGUUGAAAUCAUUUUCUAAGUUAAUGUUCCUUAAUUUUAAGGAAUAUAAGCUAUAGCUUUACACCUUAAUUGUAAGGUGACACCUUAAUUGUAAGGUGACAAUUUUCAAAAGAGUUGAAAUUGUUUUCUAAGUUAAUGUUCCUUAAUUUUAAGGAAUAUGAGCUAUAGCUUUACACCUUAAUUGUAAGGUGACACCUUAAUUGUAAGGUGACAAUUUUCAAAAGAGUUGAAAUUAAUUUCUAAGUUAAUGUUCCUUAUUUUUAAGGAAUAUGAGCUAUAGCUUUACACCUUAAUUGUAAGGUGACACCUUAAUUGUAAGGUGACGAUUUUCAAAAGAGUUGAAAUUGUUUUCUAAGUUAAUGUUCCUUAAUUUAAAGGAAUAUGAGCUAUAGCUUUACACCUUAAUUGUAAGGUUGUCAGAAUAAUCACAGUUUUACUGUACAUAGUUUUUUUUUUUUUUUUUUUUUUUUUUUUUUUUUU